AUGUUUGUCUCCCCCGAUGUAUCAUCUGGGAAUGUGUAUUUCUUGUUGCUGAUUGACACGGGUGUUUGGGUUCAAGUGUUCAGUGAAGAUUUCGACAUUUCGAUUAGCAUCGAAGGCCGAAGGUUGCCUGAAUAUGAUGUCGAGGUCGAAUCUGACUCUGCAUCAGGCGAGGCGACAGUGAUAACCUGCUGGAUCCCAUCUGAAGUGGACAAACGUUUCCAAAUCGACAUCAUUCCCCCACCUCCACCACUUUCUCACCACUGGAACACCGUGGCCUCCUUUGACGGUGUCGAGAGCAGCGGUACCUCGAACAUCAUUUUCAAAGACGGGAAAGUCACGGCGUCCUCGAUCGAGUACGAGGCCGUAGACCAGAUUGACUCCAAGGCGUGCGAGCGCCAUUUCAAAUUCGUCCCACUAGAAGUGACUAACGAUGAAACCGCGAGCGUUGGGACGUACAAGAUAGGCGAGAUUGGGAUCAAGUUAGUCAGAGCUGAAACCUACACCCCUUUGAACAACUCUCUCGAAGAGCAGCUAUCCAAGGAGGAGUAUCCUGAUGGAAUCUAUCUACCGGGCCGAGUCUAUUACAAGUCAGAGCAAGCAAAGUUGGCUCAUUGUAUCCAAUUGGGAGAAAAGCGCGAGUCUGUAGCAGGAGGGACGGCCUGGUGGAUGGGGGAUGGUACAAAGCAUAUGGCGACUUUCAUCUUCAAGUAUAGAGAUAUCGACACACUCGUCGCUCAAGGAAUCGCACCGAAGGAAGUUGCGGCCUCAAGGAUGGUUCCCAAUCCGAGGAAGAGAAGACACACUGAUGACAUAGUCGAAACUGGAAGAGACUCGAAGGAAGGAGGCGCGCCACUCAGCGAUCCCUCCGACAUUGCAAAAUGCGACGCUGUGCAUUCAAGUCCAAAGAAGAUACGAUAUAGUGGAGAGGCUGAAAGGGAGUCCAACGAGGAGGUUACACGAGUUAUCAGCCUUUCCUCCGUUGGAGAACAUAACUUGAAAUCCGGGACUCUGAAUCCGAAGAAAAGAACGUAUAACGAGGCCAUCAUCGAGGUUGAAAUGGACACUGACGGGGAAAGGAAUCUGAACUUGAAGAAAACUCAUAAACGCGUCAAGACGGAGGCGAUCGAUGACAUGGACAUUGACUAA